UAAGGAUCAGAUACAGACGCCCACCUCCACUAUCCACCGUCACUCUCGUUUUGUUGUCUAGAAAUCUCCAGUACCCCCAACCCAACGUCUCUCUCUCUCUCUCUCUCUCUCUCUUCUCUCGUAUACACAUAGCUUUCUUGAUCUCAAGCUCCACCAACUCCCCCCAUUAAGGAGUUUUCAUCAAUCAUGGCUGUUCUAGUCUAUCUGGUGCUUUUCUUGGCCCUCACUGGCCAUUCAACUGCUAGUUAUUGCUUCUGCAAAGAUGGGUUGAGUGAUCAAGCCCUUCAGAAGGCGCUGGAUUAUGCUUGCGGAGCUGGAGCGGACUGUUCCCCGAUCAGUCAAAGUGGCUCCUGCUACCAACCCAACACUGUAAAGAAUCACUGCGACUAUGCUGUAAACAGCUAUUACCAGAGGAAGAACCAAGCUCAGGGAAGUUGUGAUUUCGCUGGCACUGCCUCCGUUAGCCAAACUGCCCCUACCGUUGCUUCUGCUAGCUGUGUUUAUCCUGCAAGUCCCGGCCAAGCAGGAACAAGCACCUCCACCAACACAAGCACAACUCCUCCAAGCACCACUACUCCCACAACUGGUACUCCCACAACCGGAACUCCCACAACCGGAACUCCAACCACAACCUCAUUCAUCCCCCCUCCCCCGGGCUUUAUCGCCGGAAUUAGUCCCACCGGAACCACCAGCACCACCGGCAUCAACGACGGGAGUGCAGGUGUUGCUCUCUCCAGAGGCACUGGCAUGUUCUUCUCUCUUGCUCUGACCUUGUGCUCACUCUUGCUGUGGGGCUGAUUAAGGUAAAAAAAAAAAAAAAUAGUUAAUAGAGGAGGUAUAAUUUAGUGGGGUUGAUGUGUGGAUUAGAUGUCACCACGUCAGGAGGGGUAGGCUUGUAAUUUUCAUUGGGUGCCCCACUAAGAUUUUUUUUUUGUUUUUUUUCCUCUCUUGUAUUCCUCUAUGUUAAAAAAAAAAAGCUGGGAAUUUGAUUCCUUUUUGAGUGGUGACACGACUGCUAUUUGUAUUGGGGUAGAGAGCCUGAUCUCUUCUUUUUAGAGUUUUUCCUUUUUGUUGUAUAUCUAGAGAGGUAGUAUUUUUUUACUAGUACCCCAUUUACCUUACGUAAUUUCUUUUGGCCUAGUAGUAAAACUAAGUAAAUCAGUGCUUUUGUCA